AUGGUGGUACACACUGAGCUGAAACGUAAUAAAUUCGAUUGUGCCUCUUAUUGCAACUAUCGUUGCCCCUGGAAGUGGAAGGAUAUUAUGGAUGAAUGGGUGAAGUUGAAUCAACCUGGGGAACAAUUGUUGUUGUUGGCAACUGAUGGAGACUCACCUCAACAGAAAGUUACUCAAAAUGGUUAUCACCAGGUUCCUGAUUUUGCUUACUCUCCAAAUCCACACAAUGGGAGUUCUAGGUCAGAUAAGAAUAAUUCAAAAUCAGAGCCAAAGCUGAAAGUUAUUCCUCUGAAAGAAGCUUCUCCUUCUAGAGCAACACCUGUAUCUACCUCGGCACAUCAAAAUAAUAACAAAAAAAAGGAUGUUGACUUUGAAAAACUGGCUUCAGCAAGAAAAAGGCUUCAAGAGAAUUACAAAGAAGCUGAAAAUGCCAAAAGGCAAAGAACAAUUCAGGUUAUGGACAUCCAUGAGAUCCCAAAACCCAAGAAUGUCUUUGGAAAGAACAAAGGUGGUAGUGGUGGCAGUUCACAUGGGAGGCACUGGUGACUGAAUACGGCAAAUCAUACAUACUAAAGGGUACAUGAGGGAGGCUGGAAAGGCCAAAACCGGUUGUGCCUCUUACAUUGUUUUUUGGAGUU